GAAAAGAACUGUCAAAUUUUUAGAAUUUUAAUGGUGGUGUGGUGAUUGAAUUGCCGCCUUCGGCUUUUAUACAAUAUUAAUAAUUAAGAACUUUAGUCACAUAAUUUACUGAGCGCGCAACUGCUUAUUUUUCUCUAGUUUUAGAGAAUUUAUUAGAAUCCGCGUCCCACCAAACUACCACAAUGUUUUGGGGAUUGAUAAUGGAACCGAACAAACGGUACACCCAAGUGGUGGAGAAGCCGUUCCACAUCUCUCAAGCAGCUAUGGACAUCUCAACGGGAGACAACGACGCCUGCCAAGUCAUGGUGGUGGUGGACGGCAAAAACUUCCUGGUGUGCACACUGCAGAAGAACAAGUGCAUCCAAGUGCCCCUUGACCUGUAUUUUAAGACUGGAGAUGCUAUUUCAUUUUUGACAAAUGGUAAAUGCAAUGUUCACUUAACGGGCUACCUGGACCCUGAGUUUGAAGAGGAACCCUCAGAUGAAGAGGGUGAAGAGGAGGAGGAAGACGAAGAGGAAGAGGCUCCAACACUCGUCCCCACCAAGAACAAGAGAAAACUUGACAAUGCUGUAGAAGGAACCGCCAAUAAAAAAGCUAAGCAUGACAAAAAAGCAGCCAAGAAGGAAGUUACAGCUGACAGUUCAGAUUCUGAUGAUGAUGGCGUGGACCCGCUACAGAAGUUCCUAGAUGGAGAAGAUAUUGACACUGAUGAGAAUGAUGACACUUUCAAUGUCAACUCAUCAGCUGAUGCAGAUUCGGAUAGUGAUGAAGAAGAAGAAUCAGUUGAUGAAGAAGCUGGGGAAGAAGGUGAUGAGGACGCGGAAGAGGAGGAUGAUUCGGAUAAAGCAAACACCACCCUGGAAACAAGCACGGAAGAGAAGGCGCCAGAGACCAAGCUCACCAAAUCACAAAAGAGACGACUUAAGAAGAAGCAGCAGAAAGAGAGGCAGGAGCAAAAGGAGCCUCAGGUCAAUGGGGUAGAGAAGGCCAAGAAAGAGAAACCAGCUGAACAACAAAAGGCUAAAAAGGAAAAAGGUGAUGCGAAAAAGGAAAAAGGUGACGCGACAAAGGAUACACAGGAGAAAAAAGAAAAGAAGUCCCUAAGUGGUGGAGUAUUCAUUGAAGACUUGAAAGUAGGGACUGGCCCUGUGGCCAAACCUGGCAAGGUGGUCAUGGUAUACUACGAGGGCAAGCUGAAACAAAACAACAAGAUGUUCGACAACUGCCAGAAGGGCCCCGGGUUCAAGUUCAAGCUGGGCGCCAAGGAGGUGAUCUCAGGCUGGGACGUGGGCGUCGCGGGGAUGAAAGUCGGCGGCAAGCGGCGGAUUCUCUGCCCGCCUGCGAUGGCUUAUGGUGCCAAAGGAUCUCCUCCAGUUAUCCCACCAAACUCAACCUUAGUAUUUGAAGUGGAACUAAAGAAUGUUAAAUAAACUGACUCUUAAUACUAUGUGUGCCUUGUGUCAAGGACAUUGAAACAUUUGGAUACAGUUGAUUGAUAAAAUAAUUUGUAGGAUUGCCAUCAGGAAAUGCUUAUUAAAGCAUGUCUAUAGAGCUAAUGUAGAGUACUUACUAAAGGAGAUUUUUUUUCCAAGUUGUUGUAUGUAAAACAUUCAUAAUUAUUAUGUACUCACUUUUGUAAGUGUUCCAUGUCAGCUGUGUACUGUUAUUUUAAGUUAAUGCUAAGUUAGGAUUGUAAGUUAUAUAAGGAAAUAUUUAGUUGUUCAAGCAGGGACAGAAAACCCAACUAAAUGUGUCCUUGUUCAAUAUAUUUUUCUAUUCUUUGCCUAGAUCACUGUCUAUUCUGCACAUUUAAUAAAUUCAUUCUAAAUAAUUCCAGUUAGGUUCAAAACUUGUAUGAAAUUCAAAUUUAUUUUUAACAGUUAAUUGAAAUCACUUGCUAAUUUUUAUUGUGAAAAUAUCUUAGAGUUAGAUUCAGUUUAAAGAUUUCACCAAAUUGAAUGGUAGAAAAUAAAACAAUAUAGGAAUUUAAAUACAUUUUAUUACUUUGGUUUUAAAUGUAGCUAUGUAAUGUUAUUUCCAGUAAGUAAAUAAAUGAAUAUUCCAGUGACUUUAUUUUAUUUUAUACUAGCUCAUGCCCACUACUUUGAUUUAGGUUUUUUUUAAAACCUGAUUAACUUAGAUUUUCCAGGAAAAAAUAAUACUCCAGGCUAUCCAUCUCUGCCAAAUUUUAUCACAAUUGUUUCAGCAAUUGAGCCAUGAAAAGGUAACAGACUUAUAACUGACUCUUUUACCUCCUUUAUCAAAAUUACUAGCUUCAAUCUGUGAUUGAUUUUUGAAAAGGUUAAAAACACUUCCUCGCAAAUUGUAAUUGUACUAGCGAAUGACAGUCUACUGAUUUAGGUUCUUAAAAAACCUUGGAGUGACCAGAAAGUGAAAUUGGUGGCAGACCAUGGAUCAGACAUGGUUGAAGUGAUACAGGUACUUGAGAACCUGUGCAGUUCCAAACAAUUACCAGAAAGCCAGCUAUAUUAGUAAGUUCCUGUCCAAAUUAACUUGGUAGUAACAGAUGGACAUACAUUCACAUUAAUAAUACUACAUGUGAUGGUGUAGAUUUAUUUUAUUGCACUAAAAACUUAACACUUAUAAUUUUAUUGUUGGUGCAUGACUAAUAACAGGAAAUUCAAAGCAACUUCAGAUUUGAAGGGCAUUCACAAAAUCUUAAAUGCUUAACAUCACAGAACAAACAUAAAUAAGAGUUAAUUUGCUACAAUAACUAUAAAGGUAGGCAGGAUGAU